UUCUGGUUCUGGUUCUGGUUCAUAAAAAAAAUUGAAUUUACGUAUAGUUCGAUUUACAAUGGGUGUUUUUGGUUCAUGAUUUUGGGUGUGCUAAAACCACCGCCGCCCGGUUUGUGAGACAAGGACCUCUCUGAUAGCCGACUACCGGAGAUGGGUAUUUUCUCUGCACAAUCCCUCAACCCCUGCAGCGCCUAGUCUUUCACUUCGUAGCUAAGGUAGAUAAACCUUUUUCUACUUCGAAAUUAUCCAUUUCUGUCUCAUUGCUUAAUUUUCAGACCUCCAGAGAGUUGGGAAUUAGCCUCCGAAACCAAAUUUUAAUCAAGGUCAUCUUAUUCAUUCAUGGGUUUUUGCCCAUGUUCGAAAGUAUGUUCAUCUGAGUUGUUUUUCCUCCAUAAUCGAGUUCUUCACUACCAUCUCUUGAGAAGAGCGUGCUAUUCUUCCUUGUCGGUGUUGUUGGUUGAAGACCAAGUGUUUGAUGAAAGUCCAGCAGCUCAUAUUAAAGCUUUUCAUGAAGCUAACGCCACAAGAAACUGUUCAGUUGUUUGGAGGAAGGGGCAGCUCUUUCCUUUAGUUGUUCGUGUUCUAAAAUCUUUGAACUGGACGGUGGCGAGGCAGGUAAGAUUCUCGACAGCCGUGAAAUAUUAUGGGUAUUUUAACUCUCUAUAUGCAUUUAGAAUUAUGGUUCAUGUAUUUUCACUGGCGGGUAUGCGGAGGGAAGUUUACUCUCUUCUUAGAGAUAUUGUUUGCCACACUAGGAAGGCUGAGCAGGAUUUAUUUGCAUUGCUCCCAUUUCUUAUGGAUUCUAAUUAUGAUGUGGGGAAGUUAAUAAUUGUGUUUGACAUGCUUAUAAAGGUUUUCUCUGGUAAUUCAAUGGUUGAGAAUGCUGUGGAUGUGUUUAUUCAAGCUAAAAAAAUGGGGAUUGAGCCAGAGAUUUCGUCGUGCAAUUUUUUGCUCAAGUGUUUGGCUGAAGCAAACAAAGAAGAUUUUGUUAGAUGUUUGUUUGAGGAUUUGAAGACUUCUGGCCCAAAUCCUAAUGUGUAUACCUACACAAUUAUGAUGAACUUCUAUUGCCAAGGACUAAAUGGGCGUGAUAUCAACAUUGAACAAGCAACCCUUUUUCUUGAGGAAUUAAUGAUGAGUGGUGAGACACCCACUGUUGUAACAUACAGCAUUUACAUCCGUGCACUUUGUAAAGUAGUUUCUGUUCAGUCUGCUUUGUUCUUCAUUCAAAGUCUGAGACUCAAAAACCAACCUCUUAAUGCUUAUUGUUACAAUCCGAUUCUUUAUAAAUUUUGUUUAGAGGGUAAGAUAGAGGAAGCUCUGAAGGUUUUGGAGGAAAUGAGGGGUUAUGGAAUACUACCAGAUGCAUACAGUUAUAGUAUUUUAGUUGAUGGGUUCUGCAAAAAAGGGGAAAUUGAGAAAGGUCUAAAUCUGAUUGAGGAAAUGGAGAUUUUUCGAUUAAAACCAUCCUUAGUCAGCUAUUCAUCUGUGAUUUAUGGUUUUUGUAAGAGCGGAUUGAUGGAUGUUUCCCUAGAUAUUUUUCGUAGACUUCAGAAGCUUGGUUACAAAUAUGAUUUCAUUGUUUAUGACAUCUUGAUUAGAGGAUUUUGUUCUCAUGGUAAUAUGGAUAAUGCUUACAAACUCUUGGAUGAGAUGGUAGACAAUCAUUUAUGUCCUGAUGAUUUCGAUUUUGGUGGGAUGAUUCGUUGGUUUUGUAAGAUGGGACAUUUUGAUAAAGCGAUAGGACUUUUCAAUUUCAUGCUAAAAUAUUGUGGUUUGCCCGAUACGAUGAUUUGCAAUUUUAUCGUUGACGGGUACUGCAGAGAAGGGAAAUUGGAGGAGGCCCUGAAAUUUAUGAUUCAUAUGGAAGAUCUAAGUAUUAUGCCUAACUCAUACACCUACAAUAUAAUCAUGAAGAGGUUGUGUGAGGAAGGAAGGCUGGAAAAAGUGUGGGAGCUUUUCCCUGUAAUGCUAAAGUUGAAUAUUCUUCCUGGGGUUGUACAUUAUAGUACCCUUAUAGAUGGUUUUGCAAAGCAUUCUAACAUGAAGAAAGCAUUAAUGCUGUUUGAAAGAAUGCAAAGACUAGGAGUUGCACCCAACACGGUCACGUUUACUAUUAUUAUUAAUAUGUUGUGCCAGAGGAAUGAAACAUAUUGGGCAUAUAAAUUAUUUAAGGAAUUGAUUGUAAAAGGUAUGAAUCCGGAUCAGAUUUUGUACACGUCCAUGAUCGCUGGAUUUAGUAGAACCGGAGACAUGAAGAAGGCGUUGGCUUUGUUUAAGAAAAUGUCAAAUGAAGGAUGUUCACCUACUGUUGUUACUUACACUUGUUUAAUUGAUGGAUUCUGCAAGUUAAGACGCUUGGAUCUUGCCGGGUUUUUGGUUGAUGAUAUGAAGAGAGCCAAUCUUACACCGGAUGUGAUAACUUACACUGUUCUUAUUUCUGGGUUUCUUAGACUUGGAAUAAUUGACAAAGCACACGAACUGUUCGAUGAAAUGAGAGCGGAUGGAAUAAUUCCAGACGAUGUUACUUAUCAAACGCUGGGUUUGCCUUCUAGCAUUGUUGAUCAGAAGUUGGACAGCUGAGAAAAUGCUUUGUCUGUGGCUUACUUGGUAGAGUACUCUCUCUAUUUCUUUCUCUCUAGUUUGUUUGUUGAUUAGAAUCACUAUUGUCCUUAUUCUCAUGCAUAAAAUAUGUAUGUUUAUACCGUACGUGAUGAAAAAUCUCAAACCUUAUCUAGCCUAGAACAACGCACGUUACUAGUUCUGCUUUAAACAUCAUUCAAGAGAUGAUGUGAUGGUAUGGAGACGGGGUAUUGCAUUUGUUGCUACACCGUUAGUGUAAAUUGAAGUUCCUUCUCUUCAGGUCGAGCAUGUCGCGAGGAGAUGAUAUGUUUGUCAUAUCUUUUCUUUACAUCAUAAAGGUAUGUCCUGCCAUAUCUUUUCUUUCCCCCAGAUUGUACACUUGGAACAUGGCACCAACUCGACCAUUACAGAAUGAGAGUCCUAUCGGUUCGAUGAAGGACAUCAUGAAAAUGUUUCUCAAUGAAGCUUGCACUUCCUGAGAAAAAAGGAAAUAAUGUUAUUUACGGCCGAAGAGAGGAAACAAGUCUGUAGCAAUUGGCACACACGUAGAGAUCUAGGACAUUGCCUGUGCUUGUCGGGGAUAACCUUGCUAUUUAAAGGGACCACUUGAACUAACGAAAGGGUCCGAACUGCCAUCGGUCGAGUGAAUUGGCAAGUUGUAAGAAGGUACCAUCGAAAUGUUACGGUCUGGCUGUUACUCGGAUUAUGCUGGUUUGUUGUCGUGCUAGUUUCUACUCUCUAUUUAUUUAUGUAACGAUGCUUCACAAUUACUUCAGGAAAAGCUCAAAGUCAAGAGGCCAUCCAACUUAUAGUUCAUGAUUUUUUCAGAGUUGUAGGAGAAAGGGAUGUUUCUCUUUGCAUGGCAGCCAAAUGAUUUCAAGGUUAUACCACGGAGCCAAACUUAACGAUCUAUUACGAGCCGGGGAAAGGAAUGAUCUCAACUACAAGGGUAUUAUUAGUACGAUGGGACAAAGGGCGCACUAACCCCUGAUAUGCUCUUUUCUCGAGUGUUCCCACUAAGCUCUUUGAUCUUGCCCGUGCCUUUGACGGCUUCACCAUCGCUCAUAAUUGGUAUAUGGAUCUCUUUAUUUAUGUAGUGGUUGGCCUGGUCUGAUAGAAGCGUUGUCCAGAAGCUAGUUGCUUCCUAAAUGCCUCUUUGACUUUUAUGUCCUUAUUUAUUCCUCGACAUAAGUUUGAGAUACGUUUCUCACUCAUUCCAUUGUAACAAAACAAUGGACAUACGAAAGGGAGGUUUUGUUUGGUCGGUCUAGCCUUAAUAGAAACUUGUCCAAAAAAGCGACGAGUGGCUUCUUGAAUGCCUUUAUGUGUC